ACCUCAGACAUUUUGAGAAAAGUUAGUAUUUGGGAUCUUACGUUGCUUGGCUAAAUUAACACUAAAUAUAGACAAGAAUCAUGCUGGGGUUUCUGGGCCCUGUAGGAGCACCUGUGCGCUGAAGGAAGGCAAAGAAAGAACCACAGAAUUUGUAGAAAGUUUUAUUGCAGUUGCUUCUGAAUAGUUUUUUUUUUUUUUUCCUGGCAACCUAGCAGUCAAAGCUCACAUUUUUGAACAAUGAAUCAUUCCCAGGACACCGGCCCUCGAGGCAUGCCAGAAGACAGAAAACUUUAUAUUGUGGAUUCCAUAAAUGACUUAAACAAACUAAACCUCUGUCCUGCUGGAUCACAGCACCUGUUCCCCCUCCAGGAGAAAAUCCCAGACGUUGGCACUAACUCAGGAAAUGGAAGUCAUAGUCUAUUUUUUAUGGGGCUGAUAACGGUGCUGAUUGUCAGCCUGGCCCUGGUUUCCUUCGUGAUUUUUCUAAUAGUUCAAACUGGAAACAAGAUGGAUGAUGUGUCAAGAAGACUAACAGCUGAGGGAAAGGACAUAGACGAUCUUAAGAAAAUCAACAGCCUGAUUGUAAAGCGACUCAAUCAACUGGACGCUGAACAAAACUAAAGAAAUGAGCAUCCAAAAGCAACUGCUAACGUCGGAGCCUCACACUUUACUGGGCGUGCACAGGGUUAUGAAGUGAGCAUGCGCAUUUCUGCAGGCAACAGAAUAUCUGGUUCGUGAUCCCAACCCUGGGGCCAACUUUCUGCUACAGGGAUGGGAGCAACUCCAAGGCAAAGGGGCAUGGGGAUAGCAGCCAGAGAAGGGCUGUUUUUAUGGUAGGGUCCUUCUGCUUCAUUGGGGUUUAGGGUGGCUGGCAUGAAGGAGAACCAACAGUUAGCAAGAGAAUUUGGCUCCGUACCUACACCUUCUCUUACAAAAGGAGUGUUGUCACCAGAAUAAGUUCACUGUGCCAGUGAGGUUCAUGGCACCUCAUGCACCUUUAUGAAUUCCUGUGACAGCCUAAUGAAUCCAGUGAAUUAUUUGUAUUCAAGGGAACCAGGUGAUGACUCUUCUCAAUAAAAGAAAUUCUG